UGUCCUGAGUGGACGUAGGGAAGCUAGCAGAAACCAAACAAAACGAACAAUAACCAGAAUAAAUAAUACGACACAGGUCAUCUUCCCGCUCUGCUGCGCCCGCAGGUGGCGUUACUUUCUUGACGUCAGACUACCUUUCCCGAUAGAUUAACGCUACGAUGGGGGAUGUGACCGCUGACUCCGUCACCCUGAGCCUGCUGAUGGAGGCCCGGGACACGGUGAGGGGGAGCCCGCUGGGGGUGGUGCACACGCCCAUGGUCUGCUGGUGUCAGACCUCCCUGCCUCCGCCCCCGGUGCCCUGCAACAUACACAUCAAACUGGAGAACAUGCAGAAGACAGGCUCCUUUAAGAUCAGAGGAGUAGCCAAUCAGUUCGCCAGGAGGCCAAAGGGAGGCCACUUUGUCACCAUGUCUGCAGGGAACUAUGGGAAGGCGUUUGCGUACGCCUCCAAGCACUACGGCUCCAAGGGCAAGGUGGUGAUGCCAGAGACCGCCCCCCUCUCCAGAUCCGUCCUCAUACAGAUGGGGGAUGUGACCGCUGACUCCGUCACCCUGAGCCUGCUGAUGGAGGCCCGGGCACGGUGAGGGGGAGCCCGCUGGGGGUGGUGCACACGCCCAUGGUCUGCUGGUGUCAGACCUCCCUGCCUCCGCCCCCGGUGCCCUGCAACAUACACAUCAAACUGGAGAACAUGCAGAAGACAGGUAGGCCACUCAAAAAGACAGCUGAUGUAUCAGGCUUAUGAACCAUUUCUAAUGCAAUACCCCAUUUAUGAUGUAAUAAACCACAUAUCAGGCUUAUGAACCAUUUUCUAAUGCAAUAAACCAUUUAUAAUGUAAU